UCUUGGUUGUGCUUUGCUCAGUGUUCCAUGAUCUGAAAUAUUUGUUUACCCACAAUUUGUAGUGUAACGUCGUUGCACAAUUGCUUUAACUUUGACCAGAGCGAUUUGGGCCAACGUUACAAUGGCGUAAAAUGGGAACCCUGUUCUGUAAUUCCACCAUCGCGGCAGUCAACGGUCACCUGCCCACACGCUAAACUGCGUCAGACUGAAUACAGUGACAAUGACAUUCGCCGAUAAUGUUGGCUAGUUAGCUUUAGCAACCUUACAAACGUUGUUCUGACAAAAUUCGGCGUUAGCUAUCUAACUAACUAACUAGCUAGCUAGUAACGAGAUUAGUCAUUGGUUCCACAGUCGUCAGGUUAUAGCCUGCUGCCUUAGCUAACAGCAAAUAGCUAGCUAACUGACGUUCGGUGCCUGUAGUCGGUGUUCAGACUGAGGGUUAUGUUAGGUAGCUUGCAAGUUAUUUGCUGUAUAGCCACUCGGUAAGCGUGAUAGUUUGUAGUUUAGGUGAAGUUGGCUAUGUAUGUGGUCGAUAUUUCGCCAAGAUGGGUUUUACGGAAUAUCGAUAUACUGUCGUGUUUGUCCAUUCUGAGCAAGCGGUUACGAUAACGUUAGCUUGUCAGCUAAUUCAUGAGAACACUUUCGCGAGCUAGUUUUCCAUUUCGAUUGCUGUCUUGGUGAGCAGUGUAUUUUCAAACGCAUCUAGCUAACGUUUGCUAAGUUUGGUUGUGCCGGUGGAGUGAGUCGUGGUCAAACAUGAACCUCCUUGAUUGAGGCACAAACACGGUUUAGUGUUUUGCCUUGCAGCCUGUAGUUAUCCUCAGCAGAGCCAUGCCUGAAGAGUAAAGUCCAUCCUUGCUUAGAGCAAUAAGUAAUAAACGAAACGAAACGCUUCUCCAUGAUUCUCCAUGUAGUCCCCUCUCUGCGCAUCCUGCUGGAGUGAAACCACAUCCAGAUAGGUUUGCCCUGUCACGUCAACUUGUCCACAAAAAUGCCAGUCCACCAUAGCAUGCCCAACACCUAGAGUCCCAUGCGUCCAGUCAGCGCGGAGUCGGACGGUCCUGCUCCUGAAAGCUACUUGAGCCCCCUCCUCCCAGGCCCCCUUCCCGCCUCUGAGAUGUCUCUCCUCCACUCGCUGGGCCCCGUGCAGAGCUGGCUUGGGCAGGAGCUGGAGAAGUGUGGGAUCGAUGCCAUGAUCUACACCCGCUACGUGCUUAGCCUGCUCCUGCACGACAGCUACGACUACGACCUGCAGGACCAGGAAAAUGACAUCUUCUUGGGUUGGGAGAAGGGUGCUGGUAAGAAAUGGGGAAAGAGCAAGAAGAAAGUGGGGACGGAUCUGAGUGUGGAGGAAAUGAAGAAACAAGCUGCCGUGCAAUGCCUGCGUUCAGCAUCUGAUGAAAACUCUGGAAUUGAAAGUUUGGUCGAGGAGCUUUGCUCCAAACUCAAAGAUAUCCAGAACAAACAGAAAGAAGAAAAGCAAGCUAAUAAGAAAUCUGAUGGCUCUCAGUCUCCAGAUCUUGCUGAAUCCCCGUCUUCAAAAGACCAGGUGGAAAUGUACUAUGAAGCCUUUCCACCUUUGUCUGAGAAACCUGUUUGUCUUCAAGAGAUAAUGACGGUGUGGAACAAGGCCAAAGCGUGCACAUACUCCAGUUCAUCAUCCUCCGCAGCCCCUCAGACGAGCACCGACACCUCAUCACCGAAAGACUGCAACAGCGAGGGCGAAGCCGCCAAGGACAAGAUGGCCGAGGCGUGCGGCACCGUCAACGAGAAGACCCAGCAGCGACGCAGCAAAAAGGAAAAGGAAAACCGAUUCUACAACAGCGCAGCAGAGGAAAAAGCCGUCCCCAGCAAGAGGCAGACGAGGCACAGGUCCGAAGGGAAGUUCCGCCCACGCUCCUGGUCCUCCGGUUCCAGCGAAGGGGGCUCCAGCUCCAGCGGGAACCAGGGCGAAUCGAAGACAUCUGCCAAGUCGGCCAGGAUCAGGCACAAAUCGAGGGAGGCCAGCAGAAGCAAAAGGGGGCGCAGCGGGCAGGUGAAGUUGGCUCUGAAGGCCAUCGACAAAGAGGAGCGCAGGAACGCGGGUGGAAGCAGCAGCAGUACCGGUGGCCCCACAAAACAGAUGCAGCUCUACAAAAAGGGGAAGAGGCCAUUGAAAGAGAUCCGAAAAGAUCCCUGUGGAGAAGCGAGAGAACCUGGUUACGAGGUGAGAAACAGAAAGGAAUACAUGGAGGAGCCCCUGUGGUACACGGAGCCCAUCACAGAAUAUUUUGUACCUUUUAGCAGAAGGAGCAAACUUGAGACGAAGUACCGCAACAGGCUCGAUUCUCCUGACGGCUCGUCCGCGUCAGCCGAUGUAGAAAAGCUGUCUGAAAGGAUGCAAGGAAUUUGCAUCGCCAACUCGGAUUUCCAGAGAGCAUACCUCGCGGCCGGCACUUUCGUCGAUGGGCACUUUGUGGAAAUGCCUGGAGAAGUCGACGAGGCGGCUGAACUAAACGGGACCUCAAGCUGCCCUCCACCAGAGGAUGGUAGAGAUUUAGAUGAUGAGCAUCUGUCUGAAUUCACUCACUUCUAUGAAGUUGAUAUUUAUCAAUCCAUAUUGGAUCCUAGUGCCUCAGACUCGGUACAAGAGAGUCGGAUCUUAAGCAUGAUUCGACAAAAGAGCAAAGAGCAAAGAGACUUUGAGGCAGAAUGUUGUUUAGUGUUAGAUGGCCUUGAGCUGCAAGGGGAAAGUGCAAUAAGGGCGGAUUCACAAAGAUCCUUCGGAGCUGAUGGAUUCUUCAUGCAAGAUCUGGAAAACAUAGCUCAAGUUUGGGAAUGUUAUUCAUCUUCUAGUUCUGAAGAUAUAGAUGGAGAAAGCUUUGCUGGGGACUCCCCCAUCCGGCUCUCCCCUGCAUUGGACAACACAGUAUUCAAUGCAAGCAUGUUGCCCAUUAAUCCAGAGGAGUGUCUCCCUGAAGCCAAUGAAGCAGCAGGUUUGAAUUCUUCUUGCUUCUCACUUUUUGAGGUGCAGUACGAUAGCCCCACUCUUCCUUUUCCCUGCGACUCACUCACCGUCGGUCAUGACAACACUGAUUCUAGUAGCUGUGUAGAUCCACUUGGAAACAAACAGUCUCGUUUGCUAAUAUGGACCAAAAAUAGUGCCUUUGAUGAAACUGAACACUGUUCUAACCUUUCAACGCGAACAUGUAGUCCAUGGUCACAUUCGGAAGAAACGCGUUCAGAUAACGAGCAAAUUAAUGUGCAGCCAGAAGAGUCUGCUCAAUUCUGCAAAGAUGAGAUUACUUGUAUUAUCCCACCCAUCUCCACUAGAUACUUGGAGAAUGAACUCUUAGAUUUUUUACAAGAGGACAACGGCCGUCCGCAUGAUGACAGGAGCGUAGGCACAGCUUCCAGUCAAACCUUCAAAAAGAAAUCGAAAUUAGAGUCCAUUUGUGGAAUACCAUUAGAACAAGAGGAGGAGAGCAAACUGUACAGCGCUGGCAUCUUCACAGACAACACAAGCCAACAGAGUGACAACUACAGCUCAGGGAUAAUUAAGGACAUUUGGACAGCUAUUGGAGACAGAGAUUCUGUACUAACACUAGGAGGGGAGAGGCCAGACGAGGGGAUUUUCCCAGAUGACACGAGUAACUAUCCCUGCUGUUGCUUAGACGUGGAGGCAAAAGCAGGACCUGUUCAGGGGCCUCAGAAAAAGGCGAUACAGCGAUUAGAGUACCACCUGUGGGAGGGCCAGAAGGAGGAACACGGCCUGGCCAAAAAGGAGCUCUCCAAGGUGGAUGGUGGGGAUUACAUGACGCCGUCCAAGCCUUGGGACAUUAACCCAGAGAAGGAUAAUACGUUCAUCCUGGGUGGGGUGUACGGAGAGCUUAAGACAUUCAGCAGCGAUGGGGACAGCGACUGGGCUGUGGUGCCUCCGGGCGACGCGCGAGGCAGCCUGCUGCAGUGCGCCGCAGCCUCGGACGUGGUCACCAUAGCCGGCACUGAUGUGUUCAUGAACACUGGCAGCUGCUUCGCUCCCGGUCACAAGCCUCUGUGGAGGCCCCUGGUCUCCUUCGGGCAGUGCGAUCAAGCCAUGAAAGGAGGUGGAGAGGGAUUAAAUAAGGGAUUUUCUUUCAUCUUCCAUGAAGAUUUACUAGGAACCUGUGGUGGCUUCCGUGGUGAGGAACCGGGGCUUGAUUACCCAUUUUCGUCAUUUGACUUGAACAAUCCGUUCUCUCAAGUCCUUCACGUGGAGUGCUCCUUUGAGCCUGAGGACAUAGCCUCGUUCAGCCCGGGGUUCAAACCUAAGUCGAUUUUGUGUUCAGAUUCAGAGAGUGAAACUUUCCACCCGAGGAUAUAUGGUAUCAACAGGACCCAGUACAGGGCCAUCCGCAUUUCACCUAGGACUCAUUUUCGACCGAUCUCUGCCUCGGAGCUGUCCCCUGGCGGAGGGAGUGAGUCGGACGUGGAGUCCGAGAAAGAGGAGAUGAGUCUUCCUGUCCUCGCCCAGGACGUGUUUGAUGACCCUCAGGCUGAUCUCAAACCGCUGGAGGAAGACGCAGAGUGCGAGGGCCCCUAUUAUGGGAAGUCCGAACUGGAGUCUGGGAAGUUUUUACCCAGAUUAAAGAAGUCUGGCAUGGAAAAGAGUGCCCAGACUUCCUUGGAUUCGCAAGAGGGCUCCAGUGCCCUCUUGCCAAUAGCUGAGCAAGAGGUUUGCUUUGACUGCGAGAUGGAGGCUUCGAUGGUGAGCGGCGGAAUGGAAGAGUCCGCUAGAAAGAUGGAAGAGAUGGAAACUUGCAGAGAAAAAGAGGCACGCAAAUGUUCAGCAGUUGGUCAUAAUCCCAAAAAUGGGAAAACGUGUGACCUUGUUGGAGAUAUGCAGGAGUUUCCUGUGCUCAGUUUAAGUGCACAGGCCACCACUGUCAGCCAGCAGGAAGAGUGCUGGUGGCAGAACACUCUCUGUUCACCUCUAUUCCCAGGAUCUCAGUGUACAGGGAGCAGCAACAUGUGAGUCCCCCUGGUCUGGGGAGGGGGGAGCUUUGGGCCACAACGUCAGCCUUCCGGAGUUUGCUUUUCUCUUGGGACGGCUCCAGUUCUGGCCAGAGUGUCAUAGCCAGGAGACCUGUGGGCUAACUGCACCAAGGACCCCCUCUCCAAAACCCGAUCUCUAACCCUGCUGAUUUUCACUCACUAACUUGAAGCUAGUGUUAUCAACAACAAAAAAAUGAAAAAUUUUGAAAAACUAAACAAAAAAAAAAAAAACCUUUAAUGUCUUCAGUUGAUGCUAUAUUUGAAGGCAAAUUUUUAGUUUUGUUUUAGUUAAUUUCUUCAGAAAUUAAUCUUAAUACAAAAAAAGAAAAAGUCACAGUUAGGCGUUAGGGACAAUCUUUCUUUCUCCUCAUCAGUUUUCCCAGUCUUUUUUGCUUUUGAACUUGGGAUACUGUUCGUUUUAGUGUCCGAAUGGUUGUGCAUGCCUGUCUUUCUAGUCUCACUGCUUCAUUUUCAGUGUAACCGCUACCAUUUGCAAGACCUAACUGUGAUAUUGUUUAAAAACACCAUCUGAAAACUCUGCUUCACAUCUUUCUUCACGCCUGGCAUACUGAAAAUCCUUUGUGUGCCACUUCGAGAUUUGGCAUCCAUUCCUUCAGUAGAACAGCACACUUUCUGAAUGCAGGGAUGAAGAAAGUGUGUUUGCAGGUUUUCACUGUGAAAAAUUGGCUCUAUCAUGAAACCACAGGAAUGCAAGGGUUCUUCUUGAUAUACAAAAUAAGAUUUUGACUGAUAGAUUCCUUUUUUUCUGAAGUAAUAGUCAUAGUAGAAUGGUUUGUGAAGCAAAAAAUGUAAAUCUUCCAAAAAAACAAAAAAUUUUAAAAAGAUUUGUAGAGCAAUUUAUUUUGCCCAGGGGAAAUAAAAUGUUCUGAAAAGUACAAACUAAGCAAUUGAAUGCUAAAAAACGUAAUGGAUUAAGAUAUAUUGGGAAUAAUGACCCUUUCCAGUUUUACUCCAUAUACACCAGGAGACUCUUGGGUUUAUGUCAUUUGAAAGACAUGUUUUGUAACCUCCACAGUACAGAAAGAUUGGUGCUAUAAAUACUCAAAAUUCUGUAGCAGUUACAGUUUGAUAUUGUGGAUGUGAUUUUUGUAGAUCCUGUAGUUUUGUUCGUCUCCAUGGCAGAGUGUAAGGAUCAGUUUAUAUAUAUCAUAUAUAAGAAAGAGAAAAAUAUCAUUGUGUGACUGCUGUAAUGGUUCUCGCUUUAUGUGGCUUGGUUUUCAUUUAAGAUACUUUUAAAAUAGCAAGUCUACACUUAAACACAAAACAGUUUUUUUUUUUUUUUUUUGAUAUUUCAAGGAAUUACAAGAAAUUCAGAAAGUCUCGCAAGAAUUGUUAUGCAAAGAAAAUCACCUAGAGACUAUUUCAUGUUUAAAGACUUCACACAUUGUAAAUGCAUCCGCUUCUGACGGAAAGGUCCGCAAGUAAGCUGAAAAAAUCAAAAGGCAAUAACUUUUUUUUAAUUUUUUUUUUUAUAUAUAUGAAGUACAUUUCUGACACUACCAAAAUUGCUAAAUAUAUUCAGAGACACGUGUUGUAGUUAAAAUGUAACGAAAGGGUAAUUUCACCAAGGUACAGAAAAUAUUUAUUUUGGUUUCUCUUUUGAGGUGUGUUUUGGGAACUUUUUUUCUCGGUAUACAGCAUCUUUGAUGCUUGUGCUUAUGUGCGUGUGUGUCUGCAUUCGGACUAGACUGGACACUGGUCUAGCUUUAACCGUGUGUGUAACAGUGACCAUGAGCCCAUGAUCAACUUUAAUGUUUUCACCCUGACUAGCAUAAAUGCCAUUUCCUACAUAACCCUAACUCACCCACAUACAGAUGGAUACACUACUACUACAGAAGGUUGGGUCAUGAUGGGACUGAUAUUUUUGUGGCCUGUGCCUUAGCAUUAUCGUCACCUUAAAAGUACAGUAGAUGUUAUGUGAACUUUAGGAUUCCAUUUUAUUUUUUGUAUUCUACUUUUUACCUUCCCUCCCUGAUAUGUCUUUCCUUGAACAUCUCAACAACCAAGCAUUUCCUUUUAAAGCCAAAAUAUUAGCAGUUUAAAAUAGAUUUUUUUUUCUUGGUGGAUAGUAUGUUAAAAUACUUUAAGGCACAGGCAAUUAAUUUAACACCCAUCAAGAAAUCAUUACGUUAAGAUCUACUCUACAGUUCUAGUAUAUGUAGGCCUACAUGUUCAUUUUUCAGUGUCUACACCCAAUCUAAUGCGCUGUCACAGGCUAAAGGGUGCACCCUUCAUCUCAUACAUUAAUUUUAUGAAACUCAUCUUGUCUCAAGUACUAAAGGAGAUUGUACAUAAACUCAGAAAAAGGUGAUGGUACUCUUGUCUUCCACUCCUUUGGUGAUUGUUUAGUGGUGGAAAUUGGUGUGAUAUCCACCAGUGGGAAGCUACAGGUGACUGUGAAGCUACAGGGAAGAAUAGAAUCUGAAAUUAUCGGUGUGUGUUUGUGUGUGUGUAUAUAUAUAUAUAUAUAUAUAUAUAUAUUAGACACACACAUUUUUAUAUGAAGGGGAAGUAAUGCUUCAGUCUGUGACUGUUCAUUAUUUAUUAAAAGCAUUAUAACACUUAAAGGAAUAUUUUUCAUUUUAGUUUUAUUGACAGAUUUCCUUUAGAAGUCGCAGGUGUUUCUCUUAAGCUUCCUGAAGCUAAUGUACAGCACUUAAAUUCAGAAUAACCUUUGGAACACACCAAGCCUUGACAUUGAAAGGCAUUCAAGAAGGCGUUCAAAGAGACUUUUCAAUGGGUUCUGAGCCAUAUGCAAUAUUGCAGAGCAUGCAACAGUAAAACAUUCAAGAGGAUCUAUUACAAGUAGUGUUCCACUCAGUUCAUUUUGCAUGAAACUUAUUUUUUAGUGCGGAAAAAAAAAAAAAACACUUAAGGAGUGUUUCAAAUAGAAGCUGCAUGCUAACAUCACACUCCAGCACCUUUUUGAGUUCAGUGAAAACAAAAGUUAAAAAAUAAGAUAAAUAUAAAAAACUAUACAAGAGGGGUAGAGCAGUGAUUGUUUUAUUUCAUUUUAUUUUGUGGGUUUGUGUGUGUGUUUUGUGUGCAUUUGCGUGCGUGCGUGUGUAUGUGAGUGAGAGAGACCAAGUCACAAAGCACUUAAAUUGGAGUUUGAAGGAAUGUGCAUUGAUUUUUUUUUUUUUUUUUUCUUCCUCUUCAUGGUUAGGGUUUUGUGUUAAUGGACAACAGUGGAGGGGUGUGCAUUAGAAACCAUAUUGCUGAAGCUGGCUGUUGAGUUGUGAUUGCACUGUGGUCAAAAGAACAUGGCAUAUCCAGCACUGAAACCCUGAUUUCUCAUUUCUCCAUUUCUCAACACCUUCCCAUCCUACCCCCCUGUUUCAAGUGGUUGUAUUGUUCCAAUUUCAUGUACACCCCGAGUAAAUUAUUUUGUUUCAUUGUGGAGUUUCUUAACGACUAAUAAAGGAAUAAACCAGCUCA